AUGACCAUAAGUAAUUUGACAAAUCUCUCUCGUACAGAACUGCUGGGAGAUAUACUCAAAGAUCGGCCCCAGGAAGCAGAUGGAAUUGAUUCGGUCAUUGUAGUGGACAAUGUUCCUCAGGUAGGACCUGACCGACUUGAGAAACUCAAGAAUGUCAUCCACAAGAUCUUUUCCAAGUUUGGGAAAAUUACAAAUGAUUUUUAUCCUGAAGAGGAUGGGAAGACAAAAGGGUACAUUUUCCUGGAAUAUGCAUCUCCUGCUCACGCUGUGGAUGCUGUUAAGAAUGCUGACGGCUACAAGCUUGACAAGCAGCACACUUUCCGGGUCAACCUCUUCACAGAUUUUGACAAGUAUAUGACGAUCAGUGAUGAAUGGGAUAUUCCAGAAAAACAACCUUUCAAAGACCUGGGGAAUUUACGAUACUGGCUUGAAGAGGCAGAAUGCAGAGAUCAAUACAGUGUGAUUUUUGAGAGUGGAGACCGCACCUCCAUAUUCUGGAAUGAUGUGAAAGAUCCUGUCUCCAUUGAGGAGAGAGCGAGGUGGACAGAGACGUAUGUGCGUUGGUCUCCUAAGGGCACCUAUCUGGCUACCUUCCAUCAAAGAGGCAUUGCUCUUUGGGGGGGAGAGAAAUUCAAGCAAAUUCAGAGAUUCAGCCACCAAGGGGUUCAGCUCAUUGACUUCUCACCUUGUGAAAGAUACCUGGUGACAUUUAGCCCCCUGAUGGACACUCAGGAUGACCCUCAGGCCAUAAUCAUCUGGGACAUCCUUACGGGGCACAAGAAGAGAGGUUUUCACUGUGAAAGCUCAGCCCACUGGCCUAUUUUUAAGUGGAGCCAUGAUGGUAAAUUCUUUGCCAGAAUGACUCUUGAUACCCUUAGUAUCUAUGAAACGCCUUCAAUGGGUCUUUUGGACAAGAAGAGUUUGAAGAUCUCUGGAAUAAAAGACUUUUCUUGGUCUCCUGGUGGUAACAUAAUCGCCUUCUGGGUGCCUGAAGACAAAGAUAUUCCAGCCAGGGUCACCCUGAUGCAGCUCCCUACCAGACAAGAGAUCCGAGUUAGGAAUCUGUUUAAUGUCGUGGACUGCAAGCUACAUUGGCAGAAAAAUGGAGAUUACUUGUGUGUUAAAGUAGAUAGGACUCUAAAAGGUACCCAGGGUGUUGUCACAAACUUUGAAAUUUUCCGAAUGAGGGAAAAACAGGUUCCUGUCGAUGUGGUCGAAAUGAAAGAAACCAUCAUAGCCUUCGCAUGGGAGCCAAAUGGGAGUAAGUUUGCUGUGCUACAUGGAGAGGCUCCACGGAUAUCCGUGUCUUUCUACCAUGUCAAGAACAACGGGAAGAUUGAACUCAUCAAAAUGUUUGAUAAGCAACAAGCAAACACCAUCUUCUGGAGUCCCCAAGGACAGUUUGUGGUGUUGGCGGGUCUGAGGAGUAUGAAUGGUGCCUUAGCGUUUGUGGACACCUCAGACUGCACCGUCAUGAACAUUGCAGAGCACUACAUGGCCUCCGACGUUGAGUGGGAUCCUACUGGGCGUUAUGUUGUCACCUCUGUGUCCUGGUGGAGCCAUAAGGUGGAUAAUGCAUACUGGCUGUGGACUUUCCAAGGACGCCUUCUGCAGAAGAAUAACAAGGACCGCUUCUGCCAGCUGCUGUGGAGACCUCGGCCCCCAACACUCCUGAGCCAGGAGCAGAUAAAGCAAAUUAAAAAAGAUCUGAAGAAAUACUCCAAGAUCUUUGAACAGAAGGAUCGUUUGAGUCAAUCCAAAGCCUCAAAGGAAUUGGUGGAGAGAAGGCGCACCAUGAUGGAAGAUUUCCGAAAGUACCGGAAAAUGGCCCAGGAGCUCUAUAUGGAGCAGAAAAAUGAACGCCUGGAAUUGAGAGGAGGGGUAGACACAGAUGAGCUGGACAGCAACGUGGAUGACUGGGAAGAGGAAACCAUCGAGUUCUUUGUCACUGAAGAAAUCAUUCCCCUUGGGAAUCAGGAGUAAUCUGGGAGCACCGUGCGUCCCCCUAUCUUGUGCUGGAACUGAGGCCAUCCUCUUGCAGAAAGCCUACGCAACUCCUGAAUUUAUACCUGUGCUUUCUCUCACGCUGGACUGUGAAUGCACCUGGGAUUCUUCAUCUUGACACAUUUUUGUGCCUUUAAACCCCUGGUGUCCACAGUGGGGAGGUUUUAAGGCACUGCUUUCACUUUUUUCUUGUUUGGGGUUUUUUAAUCAAUACCACCAGUGUUUGCUACCUAGACUCUUACGCAGUGCUACCUGCAGGCACCUUUUUGUUCCUGCAGUCAGUGGUAUACCCAAGGUGAUCAUCCACAGCUGAGCGAUGUUUCUGUUCAAGAACUUUUGCUGUCCCGGGCAUGGGCCAGUGCUGGGUGUCCUGGAGACCAGCCGGGGGCCGCGCACUGCUUGUGUCCCAGUGUGCUGUUCCCCUGCCAUUAAGGUUGUGGCAGGUUCUCUCAACAGGUUGAAUGUGGAAAUAAAAGCAAACCUGUAUGAAAAAGCUGUCUUUCUCCUCUCUUUGAAUGUAGAUAGUGACCUUGAACUUGGUGCCUAUCUCCUUCCCCAGUGGUGAGGGCCUGCUUGCCAAGCCAGGCCUCCGCUGGGCGCCGUCACACUGGGUUGUACCGUGCACAUCUGGCUGACAGUAGGAUGGGAACAUCCAGCCUCCUCCUCUGCUCUGUGUGUCUAGCUAUGCAUUAAUCCAGUCAGUGCAAACCACAGUUUCUGUUUUUCUUGCUUUCAUUGAAAACAGUGCUUAUAUUUUACCUGAUGAGAACCCUUUAGACUUCCUUAGAGUUGGACACAUUGGAAAAUUUGUGUUGAGAGUGGCCAUUUUAGCCAUUACUACAUGGUUCUUUUUGAAUAUUUAGUUUCUUUUUUCAUGUUGAGAAGGGAGUGAACAAACACGUGUAAUUUGAAGUCCAUUUUUGUUUGUGAUGUCUUUGUGCCCAUCAGUGCCUUGUGAAAUUGCAGUUUCUUCCACCUCCUUUUAAAUCGUGGAACCUGCUGCUGAGCUUAAGCAGCACAGACAGGCACACUCAGUUCAAGCCAGAGGAUGUUUGCAAACCCGAAGCAGUGUUUUGAGGUUGGCGGAGACACAGCAAUGGACAGAGGGCAGAGGACAGAGGCAAAAUGCUGGCCCUGAGAAGCCGGAGCACUGCUGUUGAGAGUGAUUACCAGUCUUGGGAUCCCCAUGGACCUGUCUCGGAGUCUCAAGGCUGCCUGCCCCUGGCCGUCCAUGGAGGCCUCAGAGCUGAUGGGGUUCCCUGGUGUAAGGAAGGCACUUUGUGCUUUCCUUUCUCGUGAGCCUUACGUUUCUCUUCUCAUCUGCGACUUUCCUAAAAUCCUAUCAUUGUUGCAGUGCUAUCAUUUAGCUCUUCCUAUGCCCUUUAGUACACAUUUAGCCAGUAAUUUUGUUUACUCUCAUAUCCUUUAAACUCCAGUGUGCCAAGAAACACUUUUUCUAGUUUCGUGGAAGGAAGAAAAAGGCAUACAGUUCUAUCGAAGCAACAGAUUUUUAUCAGAGGCUUUCAAAUACUUAACUUUUCACUGUUUUAAACUUACUAGUUGUGUUUUACAUAAUUUGUAAAUAAAGAGUUUCUGAAACACA